AUGGUUGCCGACGAGAAGCCCGCGUCUACCUUCAGAUAUGAUGAAGCACCAGUCUACACAACCUCUAAUGGAUGUCCCGUGAGACACCCAGAGGAAUUUCAGAGAAUUGGUAACAAUGGACCACUUCUCCUUCAAGAUUUCCAUUUGAUCGAUUUGUUGGCUCAUUUCGAUCGCGAACGUAUUCCGGAGCGUGUUGUACAUGCUAAGGGUGCUGGAGCUUAUGGAGAAUUCGAAGUCACACACGAUAUCAGUGAUAUCACCACCAUCGACAUGCUAAGCAAAGUCGGCAAGAAGACUCCUCUUGUCACACGUUUCUCAACUGUUGGUGGUGAAAAGGGAUCUCCAGAUUCUGCUCGUGACCCAAGAGGUUUCUCCGUCAAAUUCUACACUGAAGAGGGUAACUGGGACUGGGUUUACAACAAUACACCUGUCUUCUUCCUCAGAGAUCCAACUAAAUUCCCUCUUUUCAUUCACACACAAAAGCGAAACCCGCAAACAAACUUGAAGGAUGCUACCAUGUUUUGGGAUUAUCUCUCCACUCACCAAGAAGCUGUCCACCAAGUUAUGCACCUCUUCAGUGACCGUGGUACUCCAUAUUCAUACAGACACAUGAAUGGAUAUUCUGGUCACACUCACAAGUGGUUCAAGCCAGAUGGUACCUUCAACUAUGUUCAAGUCCACUUGAAGACAGAUCAAGGAAGCAAGACAUUUACCAAUGAAGAGGCCGGCAAGAUGGCUUCAGAGAACCCAGAUUGGCACACUCAAGACCUAUUUGACGCAAUUGAGAAGGGAGACUAUCCAUCCUGGAGCGUCUAUGUUCAAGUCCUUUCCCCAGAACAAGCUGAGAAGUUCCGCUGGAACAUUUUCGACUUGACCAAGGUCUGGCCACAGGCUGAGGUUCCAUUGAGACCAUUCGGCAAAAUGACCCUCAACAAGAACGUCGAGAACUAUUUCGCCGAGAUUGAGCAGGUUGCUUUCUCGCCAUCUCACUUGGUUCCAGGAGUUGAGCCAUCUGCCGACCCUGUCCUUCAAUCUCGUCUCUUCUCAUACCCAGAUACCCACCGUCAUCGUCUCGGUGUUAACUAUCAGCAAAUUCCAGUCAAUGCUCCUCUCCGAGCUUUCAAUCCAUUCCAACGUGAUGGUGCUAUGGCUGUCAAUGGAAACUAUGGUGCUAACCCCAACUAUCCAUCUUCGUACCGAAAGCUCACUCAUAAGCCUGUCAAGGCUACCAAUGACCAUGAGCAGUGGUCUGGUGCCGCAUUGAGCUACUUGGCUGAGGUUGGUCCCGAGGACUACGUUCAAGCCAAGGGUUUAUGGGAUGUCCUCGGCAGACAAGAAGGCCAACAAGACAACUUCAUCAACAACGUUGCUGGACAUUUGGCAGCUGCCAAGGAGGACACUCGCAAGCGUACAUACCAGAUGUUUGGCAAAGUCGAUUUGAAUCUCGGUUCUAAGAUUGAAGAGGCAACCGAGAAGUUGGCUCCUGCUCCAAAUAGCAAGGCUGCCGGAGCUGCUCAAUCUCGCUUGUAA